GGUGUUGUCCACGUGGAAAAAGCUUUAGAUAGUGCACGAUCCGCAAGAAAGAAAAAAUGGUAUUGUUUCUUCAUUGCCAUAGUUCUCCUAGCAAUAUUUGCUGCAGUAUUAUACAUUUAUGUUAUUAAACCCAUGCUUAACAAGCAAAAAUAA